AAGAAUGCAACAAAACUGAAGUAUAUUCUGCCACGUUCCUGAACUGCAGCCAUAAGAGCCCUCUCAGCCCUACCCAAACCAGCCUACUCCCUCUCAAGAGCUCACAGCUGCAGGACUAGAGCCAGAUGUGCCCUGGCAAUAAGGACUUCUUCCAUGGAGAAGCCCCUCACCGUCCUGCGAGUGAGCCUGUAUCAUCCCACGCUGGGCCCAUCUGCCUUUGCCAAUGUCCCACCACGGCUGCAGCAUGAUACCAGCCCUCUGCUGCUCGGACGGGGGAAGGACGCCCACCUCCAGCUGCAGCUCCCUCGCCUCUCCCGCCGUCACCUGUCCCUGGAGCCCUACCUGGAGAAAGGCAGUGCCCUGCUGGCCUUCUGCCUCAAGGCCCUGAGCCGCAAGGGCUGUGUGUGGGUCAAUGGGCUGACGCUGAGGUACCUGGAGCAGGUCCCCCUGAGCACCAUCAACAGGGUCUCCUUCUCAGGCAUCCAGAUGCUGGUUCGCGUAGAAGAAGGCACGUCCCUGGAGGCUUUUGUCUGCUAUUUCCAUGUCAGCCCUUCACCCCUGAUUUACAGACCUGAGGCUGAGGAAACUGACGAAUGGGAAGGCAUCUCCCAGGAGCAGCCUCCCCCUGGUUCAGGGUAGCAGAUCCAGGUUGCCUGGGGUUUCUCCACGGCCCUUCCCAGACUUGGGACAGCCCUCUCCAGCCAAGACCUGGAGGAGGAACAGAAAUACAGCUCCAGAGGGAACCCCCAGACAGUGCACUCUGCUAGCCCUGCCACUAGAGCAAGCCUGUGCUAGAUGAAACAGGAUUUGAAAUACUUGAGCUGCAUCAUGCAAGGUUGACAAGCAAAACCCACUGGCUGCCUUGCUCAUAAUGAACCAAUUCUGCAAACACCGAACAAAUAGCCCAGGGUGGAGAAGCACCCUCUGUGGCCAGAGCCAUGCAAUGUAAUUGGAACAUCAUAUACUUUUAGAGGCCCUGAGGGGUUCUGGGGAGCCUCUCUCAGCAUUUCCACACAUUUGUCCCUCUUGUCUGACUAAGAGUUACUUUAUGUGGUUCAUUUUGUGUGCUGCUUAAGAGCAGGAGUUUGAGGUUGCACCAGGAAUGCGUGGACACAUGUAACAAUUACAUUUGUGGUAGCUUGGGGUUACCUUCAGCUUUCAAAUACCCACAGGCACGCAGGGCUUAGGAAAGCCAGAGUGUAAUAAACUGCAAGUAUUUCAUUAAGCUGGCACACCCAAUAGGAUUCCCUGAUCCCCAGAUGGGCCACAUGCACGCCAUGCUGUCAUGCAGACUUGGGAGUGGGAAAUAUAGACGAGGUGUAAGAGGAAAUUGGAAAGGUGGGACUCACAUUUCUGGAAAGGAUGCAGGCAGAGCUCAGGGUUUCCUGAGGAUGGGAGCUGGGAGCUGGGAGCUGGGCCUGCCUGGAAAUUCAUUGUCCCCAUUAUCAUCCUCAUCCUCACACUCCGCAUUCUCUGUCACUUCUGGAUCAAGGCCUUGGUUGACUUGAGGGCAAGGUCUUUAGGGAAUGAGGGGAUGGGGUGGGGGUUUGUGUAAGAACUCAGCCCAGCAGUUAUUUCGCUCAGGGUGAGUCACACAUCAAUGGGGGUGGGGGAAUUCCUUCCAAAUAAGGGACUCGUUAGGAGCCAGGUGCGCCAAGGGCGGGAGGAUUUUCUCGGUGAACAAGGGGAGCAGCUAUUUGCCACGCCAUGCUGAGAAGGGGAGAGUGUGGUUUAGAAACAACGUUCACUAGUGUGAUGCAGGGAGGGAUCUACAUGGUCACCAUGAUCCCAGACCCCACUCUCCAGGGAAUCUGAGGCACCAAGGGCACAGCCCUGUUCCCCUGGCUGACUCGAAUCUCUGGGUCUGUAGCUGUCAACAAUUUCUGUUUUCUGCCCAAAAGGAUGAUCGUUUUGCACCCAGGGCAAGCUACAAGGAGGUCCAACUUCACUCACAGGCCCUGAGCAUCUUCUCCAUCAGGAAAACAGAGGUGGGCAAGACCCAGGCUUGCCCUGGUGUGGGAAGCUUCCUCUCCAAUAGGGAUGAAGCAAAAACACUCAGAUCACAGCCACAAGGCAGGGAGAGCAGGGCUGCUAGGAAGGGGCUGUCUGAUGCUGUGAAUGACCCCUUGGGACCCCCAAAGCAGUUCCUCAUUCAUUCAGCAAACCUUCACCAAGCACCCACCUUGUGCCAGAUCUGUGCAAAGCCACAGAACUGAACCAGAAGUGAAUAAGGCAAACUCCCUCAGGGAGUUUACCUUGCACUCAGGAAAGUCAAGCAUUCAGGAGUGCAUUACUUAUUUGAUCACUACUAUGAUUAGUGCUAUAGUCGUUGUAUUUUUCUCUCUCCUCCAGCUGGGCUCACAUUCUCUUGUUAAGUGGCCUUGCCUGUUGAGUGCCUACCAUGUGCUUAGCACUCUGCUAGGUGCUGUGUGUAUUAAUUGCACUUUACAGAUAAGGAAACUGAGACUUGGAAAGGUUACAUAUCUUGCCCAACAUCACACCAUCAGUAGCUAUGUGAUUUGGGCAAGUGAUUUAGUCUGCUCUUGCCUCUAUUUCUCCCUCUGGAAAAUGGGUAAGAUAAUAGUACUACCUGCUAGAGUUACGAGGGUCUUAGAAGGUGACACCUGUAAAGCAUUCAGUCAGUGCCCAGCACACACUUAAUAAGGGUUAGCUACUAUCAUGAGACCUGAGAGAGGAGGGCUCGCCAUCCACACGGAGCUAAGGAAGACUCACACCCCAGUAAGCUGGCUCCAGAACCCAAGGGCUUACCUGUGCUCUGUGAUUCCCCAACUAGGGAUUUAAUUGUAGCCACAGACCUGGUAGGCAACAGGGAGGGGAUUUUAAUCUGCUCCUUGCAUCAGAAGGUCCAAUAGGCAGGGUUAGUACAAUGGGAGAUGCCCUGGUAGGGCUGGCAAGGAGAAGAAGCCACAUGUAUUUUGGUCUGAUGAAAAGCAGCAGUGAUCUGUCACUGACCAAAAUGGUCCCCCAACUAUGCAUUACAGAACAGCAACCCACAUACAGAACUCGAGAAGCCACGGCCUGGAGACUAUACCUGGACACCAAAGACUGGAGAGAGGAGCUUGUGGGGAAACCCCAGAGUCCCCAGGGUGCCACUCCCCAGCUCCACCAGAGAACUUUGGGAAUGAGCUGCUGCCCCUGAGUGCCCCUCUCCAGGGCCUCAGUGAGGGUCUCUCCCCUCCAGGGAGGAACAAACCCUUGCCAGCUGGGGUCCUGCGAGAGGGGGAAGUUCAAUUCCUCCACAGGGGACUCUGCAACUCCGAUCUUUCAAGUGAAGCAUCUGCGAGGCCCUCAGGGACCCAGGAUGAACUGCAUAGCAGCUGAAGGAAGACAGGCCAGACCAGGCGGGAGGGAGCCAGGAAACAUCUGGUUUGUAGUUUCAGACUCUACCCGUUCACAGUUCACACAGUCUCCCUGGGAAACUCACACCUUGCCCUGUACCAAGUUUUUAAGGCAGUUAAGCUCUGCCCAUCCGAGACUUCAUUUUUCUUGAGUAGAAAAUCACUGAAAUCAUCAGAUCCAUGGCACCCACCUUCACUUUCUCCUAACAGCUGGAACCGUCAGGCUGGCUUCAGGGCCUGGUCUUCGCACUUGAUAUCACUAUCCCUCACCUGCUCAGACAGCCAGAGCAGGCGGGUGAGUUCCUCCCAACAACCUCCACUGCAUUCUCUCAGCUCCCACCGCCGGGCAGCCCACGUGCCUGAGUGAACAUGUGUGCGUGUGCACACACGCAAGUAUGCACAGACACACACUAAACACGAACAUACAGUGCACAUGAACGCUGCUCCCAGCUAGGGCCCUCUGGUCAGACUGCUGCCUGGGUUAGAAUUCUUGUCCCCCGCCACCACUUACUAUAGUUCUGUGAUCCUGGACAAGUGACUGAAUCUCUCUGUGCCACAGUUUCUUCUUGUAGAAAACGGGAAAGAUCACAGUACUUACCUCCUUAGAGUCAUUGUGAAGGUCAGUUUGAGGCAUCACAAAUUUAAGGCACCCAGACAUAAGGGUCAACAGGGUUAGCUAUCACUGUCCAGUUUGGUGGGAGGAACUGAAUGCAUGUAGGCACAUGGACCCAGUCUACACUCAGGCACAAAAGGAGCUACAUUGGUUACAUUCAGGCAUAUCCCAGAGCACUACAAUUCUCUGAGACAUUGUCUGGAAAUCUAGAAAUCAUCUCCUUGCCCUUUAAGGUAUUUUAACCCUCACAUUCCUCUGCUUUUCCAAGAAUGUGAAUCUUGCCAAGCUGUCCGUGAGAGACACGGGCUCCCCUCAAGGGAGACUUGCAAAUGCUCCAUAAACAGCCACAGUGUGGGGCUCUGCCAUGAGGAAGUCACAGCAGACACGCUAGACAGCAUAGUCCUGGCUGCAGCCUGGAGGAAGGGAGGCCCGUGGUGGAGCACUCACUCCGUGCCUGUCUGCCCGGUGAGACCUCAAGUUCCUUGCAGACAAAGGCCAUGCGUUGUUGGCUCUUGUGUUCCCGGUGGCCUUCGCAGAGCUGAACAGAGGACAGAUGCACAGACGGGGGGGCUCUGGUGGUCAAGGCAGCAGUCCCCUUGGAUACUAAAGUCUGAGCCAGGCCCCUCAGGCCCGGCAUGGGCAGUGCGAGGCCCAUAGUGGUGGGAAGCCAGUUGGCCAGCUGGGGUGAGAAGGCCGCGAAGCCAUGGGCAGACAGGAAGUGGAGGUGAAUGUCUCUGCCUCCUGUAGGCCUCAGCAGGGACAGCACAGACCCUCUGGCUGGGGCAGCGCAGACCCUCUAGCUGGGGCAGAACAAGGCUGGUGGUUCCUUCUAGUCCUUGAGACUUUGUAGCUCUAACUCAAGCAGAACCCUGGGGUUUUGGGAUUCUGUGUGGUGACUGCUGAGGAAGGUUUAUGGAUUUGACAGGGUGCAUGUCACAGAGAGACAGUUCUCAGUCAGCACUUCCUGUCCCCUGCAGAGGCUCAUAGGGGACAGCCCCUGCCAAGGAGACCCUGGAGGGGCUCUGAGGAUAGCAAUCCGAGGUUGGGCUGGCUGGACUGAGCCCAGGCCUGUUGCCCACCGAGUCUCCAUAGGUUCUAGUCUGACCCCUCUCUCCACCCCUGGGCUACGCAGGCCAGCCCGUGCAGACCACCAGCGACGCGUCCACUUGCAACACCCGCCUCACUGUGCCAACACUCCAUCCACACAGGAAAGGACUGAGAACGUGAUACUUAACCCAAAGGAGUGAGUUUCAUAGGAUGGGUGGCUUUAACAGUUUCACAGCAGGACACUGAGGGAAUAUUUCCCUAUCCCUUCAAAUGGACGGUCACUACAGAAACGUGUAGAGCAAGACUUUGUCAAGGGGCUGUUUCCAGGUCUCCCAGUGUCUAAAUAGCAGAGCUGGGAUGAGAACUGAGAACCGACUCUUUCCACAACCGCCCACUGAGCAGCAAGGCUGCAGCCAGCAAAGAGGUGAAGAGGCAAGCAAGCUCCAUGUGGUGGGGACAGCGCAUUGCGACCUCCACCACCCCUGCAGUGGGCUGCCAGCUGGGCCACCUGUCUUCCACUGUAUCUACUGUACGAAGUUCUCCAGCUCUGCUCUGUUUUCUCUUUGUCAGCAUCCACCCCGUGACACGUAGUGGUGGCUGAUGUUGCCACAGUACCAUGAGGUUAACAGGUCCUCCCUCCAGCUUCCCUCAUGGUAGCAGCCUCACCUGCAUUGCAGCUGUUCGCCGGACACCGCACCAGACCCUCAAAACCCAUCCAAGACUGUGGGAGGAGUAAACAACCCAGCCCAGUUAAGAGGAGAUGCUGAAUUUAAUGAACCCUAUUUGAAUUGCAGGGCUGUGAUUCCUCUUACCUUUAACGUGAACUCACAGGCGGAUUAAAGUGAAAUAAAACCUA